GUUUGCGUUGCUUGUGGGCAGCCUGCUCCCAUUGUGCUCCCAAGAGAAGAUGAGUGUCACUAUGAGUUGCAGCCAGUGUCCGCUUUCCUGGACGAGGGAGAAAAUGCUGAAUGGGUGGUACCUGAAGGAAUAAUGCAGAAGGAGUCUGCCCGCUGCUUUGACGUGGUUUACCCUGAUUGUCGCCAUUCUUUGUGCUUCACGAAAGCCUAUGGCAGAUAUGUGGAUGGAACUGGCAGUGUCUUGGCUGUUGCUCGCAGACUGGCUGAGUCGAAAACAGAGCCAGGCUCCUACACCAUGCAGGAGUUUUUCGGGGUGCUGCGCUAUUUCGCCCCUGCAGAGGUUGCACGACUCUUGGGCUUCAAGCUAUCAGUCACCACAGGUGCCUGUAGUCCAUGUUGCCUUCCUGCAUGCUCUUCACAUCCUGUAGUGGGCGGAGAUCUCAAGCAGUGUCAAUGCCCUCAUUAUCAGCUCCCCCCUGCAAAGCCCAGGGAACUGUGGGGCCUUUUAGGCAACUCAUUAAACCCGCAGGUUGUGGCUCUUGUUUGCGCAGCCUGCGACCUCAGCGAUCUUGUACAGGUGAGCGCACGG